UGAGUUCAGGCGGCUACUUUCGCUUUGAGUUUAUACGUUUCUGUGCUCUCGACGCAGUCGGACGUUUAAAAAUAAACGCGCUCCUCCAAAAAUACCCAACUCGCUGGCCACAAAUAAAUCUGAACAAAUUCGAAUUACCAUCCGAUCAAGUACAGAAUCCGAAUAUCAGUUCUUCGACUCUAAAAACACCGAGAAAAAACCGAAAGUUUCAAAAUGUUCAGCUCGAUUUCAGCCUCGUUGAAGAACUUCGGCGACAAGACGGCCAACCUGUUCAGCAAGAAGAAGGAUGAGGCCGAGAAGCUGGCCAGCGACAAGGCCGCCGAGGCCCAGAAGUUGGCCGAAGAACAAGCCAAGAAGGUGGGCCAGUCGGUGCAGCAAACCAAGGGAGAGGCCGAGCAGCUAGCCGCCAGCACGGCCAAGGAAGCCGCCGCUCUGGCCACCGCCGAGGCCCAGAAGGCCGGCCAGGUGAUCGACCAGGGCGUCAGCCGGGCCGCAGGAGCCGUCAACCAGGGCAAGCAGGCGGUGGACAACACGGUGGCGCAGGCGCAGGCCGCGGCCCAGAACUCCAAGCAGGUGGCGGCCAACGUGGCCGAGGCCUCCCAGCGGGCAGCCGCCAACGCGGUGGACCAGACCAAGAAGGCGGCCAACGAUGCCAUCAACAAGAGCGUGAAGGCCGCCGAGACCGUGGCGGACCAGAAGCUGAAGCAGGCGGAGGGCGCCAUCGACGGGGCCAUGAAGCAGACAAGCCAGGCGGUGGACCAGAAGCUGCAGGAGGCAAACCAGUACGUCGACCAGAAGCGCCAGUCCGUCGAGAAGAGCGUCCAGGAGGCGGCCGGACAGGCCCAGGAGUCCGCCGGACAGCAGGCCAACGCCCUGCUCGGCAAGCUCCAUCUUGGCUCCAAGUAGACGCAGUCAGCCCAAAUAUCUCGAUGUGAAAACGCUUUAGAAACAGAAACAAAAACAGAAGGGAAUUUGCUUCAAUGUAACGAGUGCCAGUAAUGUGAUUGCUAAAUCCUCAAUUGAAUAUAUAUACAUACACAUAUUUUUGGAAUAUCGCGCGGUAGAAUUAUUUUGUAUAUGCAGCCGCUGCUGCUGCUUUUGAUGUGAGGGCAUUUCGGCACAUCUCUGUCCGUACAAAGUGUAAUUAACCCCUUCGUUCUUUUUCGGUCGACUUUUGUUACUUUGAGGCAUUUGAUAUUUUGUAUACAGCGACGUUGAGUGCGCUUUUAAUAUACGCAUAUUUUGUUUAUGUAGAAAUGUAUGAUUAAGUACUUUUAACUCUUGCACAAUGCAUUGCAAAUGUGUUUUUAAUAUAUUCGACUCGAAUGAGA